AUUUGUGUAUUAAGGUCACAUUCUCACAACUGAUUUUUGCCAACAAAAUCAUCAUCAUCAUCAACAUUUGUUCUGAUUCGGCAAACAAAAGAAAAAAAAUUUUACUUUCUUUCUUUGCGAUUAUAGUGAUAAUAUAAAUUACGGAUGGCUCUGAAUUUGAUUCGUUCGGGCUUGUUGGCCGGUAAAAAUUGUGUUGGGGCUCGUUAUUCUCAUCAUGCAGCACAUAAAUUUAGCCAUGCAUUGAAAAAUGGUGGCCAAACCAAUGUGACCGAAUUAAGUAAUGGAAUUCGUGUGGCUACCGAACAGAAUAAUUCACCAUCGGCAACCGUUGGUAUAUGGAUCGAUUCAGGCUGUUCGAGUGAACCAAAAGAAUUGAAUGGUAUCACUCAUUUUAUCGAACAUCUUAUACUUCAAGGAUCGAAAAAUCGUGCCAAGAAACAACUGGAAAAAGAUAUGCAUGGUUUGGGUGCUAUUCUUAACUCAUACACUCAACGAGAAUCGUCCGGUUACUAUAUGACAUUGGCACCUAAAGAUGUAGCAAAAGCAAUAGAAAUCAUCUCCGAUAUGGUUCAAAAUCCGAUUCUGAAUACUGAUGAAAUUGAAGCCACAAGAAAAUUUAUUCUAAAUGAAUUGAAUGAAACGGAAAACAAUUAUCAACAGGUUGCAAUGGACCAUUUGCAUUCAGUUGCCUAUCAACAAACACCAUUGGCUCAUACCAAAUAUGGUCCAACUGCAAACAUUGAACGAUUCACCAAAGCCGAUAUUGAACGUGGAAUAGAUCUGAUAUUCAAAGGGCCACAAAUGAUUGUUGCUGCCAGUGGUCCAAUUAGCCAUGAUCAAAUUUGCAAGGAUAGUGAAAAACAUUUGAAAAAUGUGACAAAUAUUUUCGAGAAAAAUAUGAUUCCAAGCUUGACGGUUAAUCGUUAUACUGGUAGUGACAUUCGUGUACGUGAUGAUUCAAUGUCUUGUGCUCAUGUUGCCAUUGCCGUACAAGGACCCGGUUAUUCGGAUCCUGAUUUUGUUGUCAUGGAUGUUGCAGCAUCGCUUAUGGGUCGAUGGGAUCUUACUCAUGGUGGUGGUAUCAAUGUAUCAUGCUAUAUGGGCAUGGUUUCCAAUAUGGAUCAUCUGGCACAAUCAUUUCAAUCUUUCAAUUUGAAAUACAAAGAUACAGCACUUUGGGGAAGCUAUUUUGUUGGUGAACGAAUGCAAUUGGAAGAAUUCGUCUGGCAUUUGCAGACACAAUGGAGACGAAUGUGUAUCGAAGUUGCUAACAAUGAAAUCAAAUUGGGUAAAAAUAUCCUGAUGACCAAUUUGAUUUGUGAACGUGAAGGUUCAGUUAAUAAUGCAAAUAGCAUCGCUACUGAUAUGUUACGUUUUGGUCGUCGAAUCACAUUGGAAGAAUGGGCUGAACGUAUCAAUCGUGUUAAUUCAGCUAAACUUCAUAGUAUUGGUGAAAAUUUCAUCUGGGAUCGUUGUCCAGUGGUAGCAGCCAUAGGACCAGUAGAAAACCUUCCAUUAUAUGAAGAACUGCGAAUGAAAAUGUCUUGGAUGCGAUAUUAAAAUUGAUCGGAGUUGAAUAGUAAAAGAAAUUAAUUAAUAAAUAAAUGAAUAUUUGUAAAUUAUCAGUUA